GAUUCGUGGACAGCGGCCCCUUGGUGGGCCCAGACUGGUCCCCGAGCGCUAGCGCCGGGAGCAUGAGCGCGAGGUCGGAGCGCGCAGUGGCGGCAGCGGCCCACGGGGUGGUACCAGCGCCCUGCGCCUCGAAGGUGGAGCUGCGGCUCAGCUGCCGGCACCUGCUGGACCGCGACCCGCGACGCUCACAGUCCGACCCCAGCGUGGUGCUGCUGCUGCAGUCGCAGAGCCAAUGGGUGCAGGUGGACAGAACCGAGGUGGUCCGGAGCAGCCUGGACCUGGUGUUCUCCAAGGCCUUCACGCUCGGCUACUGCUUUGAGGAGGUGCAGAAGCUGCGCUCUGAGGUCUAUGACGCCCACGGGCCCAGCAGCCUGAGCUGUCGGGGUGACAACUUCCUGGGGGGCGUGGAGUGCACCUUGGGGCAGGGCCACCUCAACGGCCAAAGGCUUGGACACUUCAAGUCCCAGGCGUGCAACACGGACCCUGCAGCUGUCCCAUUUCUCCAUAGAGGAAGACCCUCCUCAGAGCCAGGAGGGGCUGAACCUGGUGUUCCCCCACCGCCGCGUUCCCCGCCUUGCCGGGCAAAGCCUCUGCUCCUCCUGCAGGACUUCUUCAGCAAGCCGCACCCCUUCCUGGAGCUUUAUCUGCUCAGUGACGCUCAGAGUGAGCAGCUGGUGUACAGAACAGAGGUGGGGGUCCCUGCCCAGCACCUGGGGGUGGGCGUGGGAGGGCGGGGAGGGAGCUGCCCCUGCUGCCCCUCUGCAUCCCCCCGGCCCCACACCGCCACCUCCCUUUGUGUUCCAGGAACGCGGGGAAGUUAUGAAGGAGCGAGGCUCAGGCCGAAGCUCCGGAACCUGAGGCAGGGCCCCCGGGGCCGCUGGCCCCUCCUGGCUCACACGUGGUGGAGAACGACGUGUCCCACGUGGCAGCCUUUCAAAGUGCCUCUGAGCAGCCUGCGCAGCUGUGAGGAGUCUCGGCCUCUGAAGUGCCUCGUCUGGGAUUAUGAUUCCCGCAGGAAGCACGACUUGAUUGGAGAAUUCUCCACCACCUUGGAGCAGAUGCAGAAAAACUUUGCAGAGGACCAGGCCCAGCGGGACUGCGUGAACGCCAAGUACAAGCAGAGGAGCAAUUACAAGAACUCUGGGGUGGUCGUCCCGGCAGACCUGGAGUUCUUCAGGGUCUGCUCUUCGCUGGACUACAUCAUGGGUGGCUGUCAGAUCCACUUCACGGUGGCCGUUGACUUCAUCGCCUCCAACGGAGACCCUCGGAACAGCUUCUCCCUGCACUACAUCAACCCCUUCCAGCCCAAUGAGUACCUGCAGGCCCUGGUGGCUGUGGGCGAGAUCUGCCAGGACUAUGACAGCGACAAGAGGCUCCCUGCUCUGGGGUUUGGAGCCCGGAUCCCUCCCAAAUAUGGGGGGUCCCAUGACUUUGCCGUCAACUUCAACCCCAAGGACGACGAGUGUGAAGGCAUCCAGGGUGUGGUGGAGGCCUACCAGAACAGCCUGCCCAGGGUCCAGCUCUGCGGCCCCAGCAACGUGGCACCCGUCGUCUCCAAGGUGGCCCGCAGGGCUACAGCUGAGCCGCACACCCGGGAGGGCUCCCAGUACCACGUUCUGCUGAUCCUGACGGAUGGCGUGGUGACCAACAUGGUGGACACGUGGGAGGCCACGGUGCGUGCCUCCCACCUGCCCAUGUCCAUCCUCGUCGUGGGGGUGGGCAACGCCAACUUCACUGACACGCAGCUCCUGGACGGAGACGGCGGUGUCCUGCGUUCCUCCCGGGGCGAGCCCGCCCUGCAGGACAUCGUGCAGUUCGUGCCCUUCCGGAGGCUGGAGACCGCAACCCCCUCAGCGCUGGCUAACCGUGUGCUAGCCGAGGUGCCCAGACAGGUGGUGGAGGAUUACAGCCACGGGGAUCUGCACCCAGGGACCGCAGCGCCUACGCUUGGGAGGCCAGCCUGGGCUCCACGCCCUGAGGGCGCCCGGGGCGCGGCCAGGACUGUGUUCCCAGGCUCCGUCUCCAGCAUCCUUGACCCUGACUUCCUGGAGGCCCCCUGUCCCCCAGGCCAGGCCCACCUCAUCUCCUGUGGCCCUGCUGCCUGGUGGGCCAACCUCCAGGCCCCAGUACUGAAAGCUGGGUAGCCCCCGCUGGCACACCUGCUCUGCCCCAGCCAGGCGGGUGGGAGGGGUCCUGGGGGCGCGGAAGGGGGAUUGGGGGGAGUCCUCCUUUGCAUCUGGUCCUCAUGGGGGUGGAUCAGCAGGCAGCACCCCCAUCUCUGGGAAAACCUGGGCCCCCGACUCCUGUCCCUAUAGCCAGAUCCCUCCUUGUCCGAGCUGCCCCCCAGCUGCUCUCCCCGCCGUGUCUGUGGGCCUGCAGGGCUGGGGGCAUUUGGGCAGAAUACAGUGUCAUCUGG